UCUCUGUCUCUCUCUACAUUUUCUCUCUCUAUCAUCGCUUGUAUAUAAUCUCCAAUCUUUCCCUUUGCCACCACCACACCACAUCACAGCUUCUUUCUCUAACUGCCUCUUCUACGCACAAAGCAAAACCAAAACCCUAACUCUAACCCUAUAUUAUUAUGGUGAUGGCAGAUUACAGUAGCAACAAGAAACGGGUCAGGGAAGACGAAUCGUACGAGCUAGACUUACCGGAGGUUAAAAGAAUAAGAGACGAUUUGUUAGGUAUUCUUGACGAAUCGGAUCCUGACCCGGCAAAUCAGGAUCUUGACUCAGUUAUGAAGAGUUUUGAGGAGGAGAUAUCCUCUGGCGGCGUCGUUGUCGUUGACCUGACCUCUGAUUCCGGCGAGUCUCAACCGGAACUUGGUUACCUUCUAGGAGCUUCUGAUGAUGAGCUCGGCUUGCCUCCUUCUUCGUCCGCUAGUUCUAAGGAUCAGGAAAUAAAAAAUGAAGUGACUGAGUUGGUACGAGUCGACUCGGCCGACUCAGCUGAAAAUACCGGAUUUUGGGGGUUUGAGGAGCACAUACCGAAUUACGACUCAUUCGAGUUGGGGAUCGGUGAAAGUUACAAUACUGAGUAUGCGGCGUUUGAUGAUGGACUCUUCGAGUAUUCGGGUGUUUGUUUUGAUUAUUCUGAUUACUCAUGGCGGCUUGGAACUAUGCCUGCUGAGUAAACGAAACGCUUCAUAUACGUUUCGGCUAACAGUGAUAUGAGACGUUGCCCUUUACCGUCCUCCCCACCUUAUUUUCCUCCUUAAAUUUUUUAUCUGUAAAUUCGUUUUUUAUUUUUAUUUUUUAAAAAAGGAAUUAAAGGAGAAAUAUAAAUGUAGGAAUAGGAUUGAAAAGAAGAUGCUGUGGCUCAAAGCGAGAGAUUGGUUCGUUUUUUCAAAUGCUUGGAUUAUUACACAAGAGAUUAUUCACGAGUCUGUUCUUGCUAAUACUGUUUAAGAAAAUUAUAAUUUAAUACUUUUUUAGCUUAA